GUGUUGCUUUAAGAGAGUGGGCGGGGUUCACAGUGGUAGGCGGGGCUGAAGGGCUUCACGGUUGAGCUGUGUUCAGCAUUCUCACGCAUUGUUAAAAGGAGGUCAGUUAAGGUUUCAUCUAGCAAGGACCAUGACAGCUCCAUUCAGAUCACUUGUUAAAGAUUAUCCAAGAUACCUCAAAUCAUUUGAACUCUUUCUGGAUCGCUCAUCAGAGCACCAAUGUAUGCAGGACUUCAUCCAUAAUACUCUACCAGACAUACUGGGAAGCAUUGGUGGAGGACGGGCCAUUUUUAAUGUAAUGGGUGUAGGAAGUGGUACAGGUGAGAUUGAUUUAGAGAUGCUAGCACAGCUACACAUGAAACAUCCACAAGUCAAAGUUAACAAUGAAGUGGUGGAACCGAGCACUGACAUGUUACACAAGUAUAAAGUUCUGGCGUCAAAAACGCCAAAUCUUGAUUAUAUUAACUUCUCGUGGAAUAAGAUGACAGCUUCAGAAUUUGAAAAACACUGGCAGGAGCGAAAGCUUGGGAAAAAGAUGGACUUCAUUCACUUGAUACAGAUGCUGUAUUAUGUGAAAGAUCCAGAGACCACUGUCUCAUUUUUCCGGAGUCUCUUAGAUGAAGAUGGAAAACUCUUAAUUAUUCAGGUGUCAGGUGAGGGUGGAUGGGCAAAAUUAAUAAGGACCUACAGAGCUGCUCUUUGUAACCCUGAGAUCAGCCAGUGUGUCACUAUGGGAGAUAUAAAGACCUUCUUAGAUACCAAGGACAUCCAAUACAGUAAUUAUGUGCUUCAGUCCCAUAUGGACAUCACAGAGUGUUUCACAGAGGGAGAUGAGGUCGGAGAACUGCUGUUGGAUUUCUUAACUGAGGUGGUAGAGUUCAGUAAGAACGCUCCUGAGGACCUGAAGAAAGGAGUGCUGGACUUACUGAGACAUCCAGACUGCAGUAAAGAGGUGGACGGCAGGAUAAUGUUCAACAAUAGCAUGGAAGUUGUAGUGGUUGAGCCAUAACCCAAUGACUCCUUAAUAUCUGACCGACCUCCACAAUUAAAUCUGACCUGACCUCCA